CUAUCUCUAUGGUGAAGAUUGUAUCAGAUAAUAACUUCAGAUCUAUGAUUAGAUAAUAUGUGUAAUAAAAGUAAAUAAUGUGAGCUAAACAACAAUAUAACCAAAUUUAAUUAAAUCCGAUAACAAAUAGUAAUAAUUAAUUCAUACAUAUCAUGUACGUCGUUUGAAGACGGCCAUGUUAACACAUUUCGAUUACAUAGAGAACUUGAAAUUCACUUGCAAAUAGUUUGCUAAUAGCAGUGCAACAAAAGUACAUUGUUUUUGAGCCUUAAUUUUCUCUAUUAAAGCUCUUGCAUGUAUGUGAUUAGUAAUUAAGUGAAAAUAAUGGACCGUAUUUAUGCAUGAAGUCACACAUUUUCUUGUGUGUAUAAUAAUGGAUUUCGAAUAAAGUUUGUGAACGAGGUGAGCGUGUUUCGGAUUCUUUCACAGCGUACGCUGCCGAUAACAAAACUAUGAACAGUGUGAAACAAAAUUGAAAUGUUUUAAAAAUACGUUAAAAAGUUUUAUAACUUAUUCCUUGAUAUAAAACAUAACGUAACCUAUCAAUUAAAAGUACGGUUUUUACCAUGUUUACUGUUGAAUUACAUCAAUCACUAUUUCACUUAAGAACAGGGAUAUCAGCACCAAAGGAAAGAAUACUUAAUAAUUUCUGGAUGUUUAAAUAUGCCAGGCUGUGCAGCAAUUGGCUGCAAUAAUCGUAGCGAGAAGGGUUAUAUUAUGAAAUGUUUUCCUCGUGAUCCAAAACUUAGAAAAAUUUGGCAAGAACGUGUUGCUAGAGCUGAUUGGGAGCCAUCAAAUAAUUCAUUUCUUUGCCAUGUACAUUUUAAACCUCAAGAGUGGUCUAUUAGCCAAAGCGGAAGAAUUAGGUUAAAAAAAAAUGCAGUUCCUUCUAUAUUUACAGUAACAUCUACCAGAAAAUCUCCUAAAAAGAGGACUAAAAUAUUUAAUAAUAAAGAAGAAAAGCAAGGUGAAUAUUAUAUAGAACAUAUGGAAAAUGAUACAGAAAAUUCCUCUGUAGAACAUUUAGAAGAAACAAAUUUGGAUUUUCAAGGCAUUGAAGAACCAUCUAUGGAAUCUGUUGAAACUAAUCUGAAAUCUAUAAAUAAGUGUAUAGAAAGAGAAGACCAAGUGGGAGAAAAAAGUACUAAGAUUGUUUUUCAAGAAGAAAAUAUUAAAAUGAUUGCAGAGGAUAAUCUUGCUGAUGCUAGUAACCUAGCAAGACAAGAUAAUCUUGAAAUGCAAUUAAAUAAAGAUAAAAAAGAAAUUGAAUUGUCCUUAAUGAGUAAUAAUUCAAAAACUAUUCAGAUACCAAGCAUUGCUGAGAAGGAAGAAAGUAAACCAGAAGUCAUGAGUCAUACAGUGUUUGAGGAUAGUUACGAUGAAAUAGAGGAAAAAUUAAAGCAAAUAUGUGAUGGUGGAUCUACUGAAGAUGAAAACUAUAAAAAUAAAGAAAAGAUGAAAAUGGUUAAGAAUUAUAAGGAGAAUAAAAAUAAUGAAGUGGUAGAUGAAAAUAAUGAACUUAUUAAUGAUGAACGUAAAAGUUCUUCACCUGUUAAUGCAAAUCAUGACUUUUCACUGAAAAGUGAAAGUGGACAUAAGAAAGAAAAUGUUGAAAUCAUUUUUGGUGUAGAAAGUGGAGAUGAAAAAUUGUCAGUAUCUCAAGUGGCAUCAAAAAUUAGUAAAAUAAUUAAUGAUACAGAUGAUAUAAAUUCUGUACAAAAUGAAGAAAAAGUCUUUAAAGAAGAUAUAGAGGAAAAUUUCACUAAAGAUGAAGUACAUGUAAUACCAAACAUACGAGCGGCAAUGAAACGUAAAAGAAAGACUAGAGAAGAAAUAAUGAAAUCAAUAAAAAAAUCAAUUAGAAGUACUUCUGAUCAAGAUAUUAAUUCUUCAAGUAAUAGCGACUUAUCUGACAAUAUAGAACAAGAGAGGAAAGUUAGACACAUAUUAUCUUUGUCUCCAGACAGAAUAAAUGAUGUAAGUAAAGCAAAUGAUACAGAAAUGGAAACAGCUAAAUUUGUUAUUAAAGUAACUGGUGAUCCUGAUGAUGUAACUGAGAUUAUUGAAGAAUUAUCAUGUAAUACAAUAGGAACUCAAGCACCCCAAAAAUUUAGCACUCUUUAUAAAAGUGAAGAAAAUGAUACAUUUGUCACAUCUGUUAUUACAGUACUAUCACCUAAAAAUCCUAAAGAAAUUGUUUAUAGUGAUCUCAGUAGUCCAUUAGCAAAAGAUGAUUAUGUAUCUUCGGAUAAAAACGGAUCGAUCGUCAAACAUUAUUCUUGCGAGAGAAAACAGCUUGUAAAUUUAAAUUCUAUUCCAAAUACUAUAACAUGUCAUUCUUCAUGUUUCAAACGUAUUUGUUCUGACGAGGAAGAAAAAAAUCAAAUAAAGAUCAGUUCUCCUCCACAAAAUUGUACACAUAAUACCCAAACAUUUUUAGAAAAUAAUGUUGGUUGCACUCCUUCUGAUUAUGAGGAUUUGUUAGAGAGAAUACAGAUUCAAGAAAAUGUGAUUGCUAAAUUAACUGAUCAGUUGAUUAUCUAUAAAGAAUUAGAAAAUAAUAUGAGAACUAAAAAUAUUGGACAAGAAUUGCAAAGUAAAGAAACGGAAACCUCUAGAAUUAAUACAAGAUCAAAUAAUAUGCAGUCUUCAGUGCUUAGUAAAAAGAAUCUAGAAUCGAAACAGAGAUUGAUAGAAGAUUUAUCAAAUAGGGUAAACUAUUUUGAAGAAGUGAAUAAGAAAUUAAUGAGGACAGUAACUCUAGAAUCUCAACAAAAGAGAAAACUUGAGGGACAAAUUAAACAAAAAGACAACCGAAUAAAAGAACUGAAUUGGAAGCUAGAAAAAGCUUCCAAAUAUCUUGAAAGAGCAGAAAAGAACACAAACACAUAUAGAAGAAAAAUGUUAAAUAUGCAAACUGUUAUGAGAAGGAGGAAGCUUUUAGAUGAAAAAAUGAGUAAGUUUAACGAAAUAUUAAUUGAUAGUUGUAAACAAGAAUUUUCAGGAAAAGCCUUAAGCAUGGCAGCUGAUAUUAGGAAAGUUUGUGGGAGAAAUGGUUAUGAUAAAUUACUUUCUUAUGGUUUUCCAUUACCACCAUUGCCUGCUUUACGAAAAGAAGUCCUAAAUGAAGAUUUCACGGAUCGUAAUAAAAGCGAUUUAGACGAAACACAAAAUUCUACAACAAAAUUUAGUAUAAAAAUAGAAAAAUCGCAUGAUAUAAAUAAUGAAUCCGAAAUCGAUGAUAAGAACAUAGAACUUCCUGACUCAGUAAUUAAAACAACUGAGUAUGAAGGUGCAGAAACUGUGACAGGAACUGUACAAGAUAUUUUCGAUGAAAAUAAUGAUGGUGAUGAUUUUAGUACAAACGAACUGAGAGAACAUUUCAUUUUGCAACUUAAUGCAGUUAUGUAGCCAUAAUUUUGUAUUUUUACGAUAUUGCUUUUUACAAUUUAGAAAAUGUAAUAUUAAAGAUCAUAAAUACUUAGAUUUCCUUGCAUCGUUGUACAAUAUUUACCAUUAUACUAGUAACAAUUAUGUACAUUGUACAAUGGUAUCUCGUGUUUUCAGCUUAAUUGUAAAUAUAUGUAUAUACGUUAUUA